ACCAAUGGACAGCGGGUUCAGAGGGGCAUUUUUUCUGGGCAAACUGGCAAGUUGCGGGAAAUGGAAGAGACAUUUUAAAAUCCCGUGGGUGCUUCUCAGUGUUUAUUAACACGCAGCUGCUGAAAAGACAGACAUAUGAAGACAAGAUGAGAGACUGUUGUGGGCUUUUGACGUUGAAAAAUGAACCAGUGCCUCUGAAGGGGAUCUCUGUGCAGUUAAAGGUCCAAGGCUUUGUAGCGGAUGUCUGCUCCACUCUCAGCUAUGAGAACUCAGAGUCCAGCCCGGUGGAGGCUGUCUUCGUGUUUCCCAUGGAGGAGGACUCCUCGGUCUACGACUUCCACGCCGAGAUCGGGGGGGUCAAAAUCCAAGCUGAGAUCCGAGAGAAACAGGAGGCGCGUGACACCUAUGACGACGCCUUGAGCAGCGGACAGCAAGCCUUCCUAUUGGAGGAGAGCGAUGAGAGCCGGGAUGUGUUCAGACUGAGCGUGGGCAGUCUGCCUGCGGGACAGAAAGCGACCGUCUGUCUGUCCUAUGUGACGGAGCUGGCUGUGGAGGCGGACGGGGCUCUGAGAUACUGCCUGCCUGCCAUCCUGAACCCCCGAUACACCCCUGCUGGCGCUCAGUCCCUGACCACUCCAGUGUCCGGAGCCUCUGGAGGGCCGGUUCCCUAUUCGCUGUCUUUCAGUGCCCACCUUGCCUCUCCCAGUGGAGUCGCCCAGGUGAAAUCCAACUGCGACCUCACGCCUCUGGAGUAUCUCGGAGACGACAAGACCCAGGCCCAGGUCUCUCUGUCUCCAGGUCACAAGUUUGAUCGGGAUGUGGAGCUGCUGGUUUACUACAGCCACCCCCACCAGCCCACCGCUAUUGUGGAGGGGGGGCUAGCCUCGGCCACGCCUGGCUCAUUGAUGGGGGACCCGCUGGUGAUGGUCAGUCUGUACCCAGAAUUCCCUGCGGCUGCGUCAACGCCCCAGUCCAGCUGUGGAGAGUUCAUCUUCCUGGUGGAUCGCUCGGGCAGUAUGGACUGUCCAAUGAGCAACAUGGAGUCGGGGCCAAUGCGCAUUGAGAGUGCCCGGGACACUCUGCUGCUUCUCCUCAAGAGCCUGCCCCUGGGCUGUUUCUUCAAUAUCUACGGCUUCGGGUCGCACUUCGAGGCGUUCUUCCCGGAGAGUGUGGAGUACACUCAGCAGACGAUGGACUCUGCUCUGGGGAAGGUGAAAGGGAUGGGAGCUGAUUUUGGAGGGACGGAGAUCCUGGAGCCACUGAAAGACAUUUACAGCAAAGCCUGCCGACCAGGACACCCCAGACAGCUGUUUGUCUUCACAGACGGAGAAGUAGGGAACACAAAGGAUGUCAUUAAUGAAGUCAAGAAGCAUGCUGGCACUCACAGGUGCUUCACGUUUGGGAUUGGAGAAGGAGCCUCCACAGCUCUGAUCAAAGGCAUGGCCCGGGCAGGAUCGGGUCACCCCGAGUUCAUUACAGGCAAGGACAGGAUGCAGCCCAAGGUGAUGCAGAGCCUGAGGUUCGCACUCCAGCCUGCUGUCAAUAACAUCGUCCUCAACUGGGACGUCCCGGCUGGACUGGAGGUUGUUCCUGUGUCCGAAACGCCAAAGGUCCUCUUCCGGGGUCAUAGGUCAAUCCUGUACGCGCAGCUCAAAGGAAAGUUUGAUGAGAGUGCGGUGGGUCGAGCGAGUCUUCAGUACAGUCUGGGAGACGAGCCCCACAAGACGGAGAUCAGCUUCAAACUGCAGUCGGACAAGCACACUGGGCUGACGACUCACCGCCUGGCCGCACGGACCCUGAUCUGCUCCCUGGAGGAAGGAGGGAGCGUGGAGGGAGAGGGCGAAGAUAAAGAGAAGGUGAAGGAGAAAGUGGUGAAGAUUAGCACCGAGGCCCGAGUCAUCUCAACACACACAGCCUUCAUCGCUGUGAACAAGGACCUGAAUCAGGCUGUGCAGGGGCCUCUGAUCCACAGGAACAUGUGGCCACAAAGGAGGUCUCUGAGAGGCCAAGCCUUGAGUUAUAGUUUCAUGCCGCAGGUGGAGAUGCUUUGUGACGAUCAGAGUGAUUUGUUUUGUGGAGAUGUAAUGUAUAUGGAUAGCGGUUUUAAUGCCAUGUCGUAUGAUACUGCACCAGACGCAGAGGUGAAGGAGGACCCCAUGCUAACGCUGAUCUCCCUGCAGAAAGCCGACGGCUCCUGGGAGCUCAACGAAUCGCUCGUUUCUGUGUUUGAGAAGAAAGAGCAAGAAGCCAUCAGCAAAAUGCCAGCCGAGGUGAGUGACAAGGCCGUGUGGGCGACGGUACUGGCGUUGCUAUGGCUACACGGCUUCAAGGCGGAGCUAAGGGAGGAGUGGGAGUUCCUGGCAAUGAAAGCGCUCUCCUGGGUCAAAGCACAAGCAGGGGCCAGUUUGAAGCCGUGUCUGGAAGCAGGGAACCGUCUCCUUGGCUGCAAGGUGGAGCCGCAGACACUCGCUCUGUGACGGUCCAGACCUCAAAGAGCCUCAAUCAGCCUUCUAUACCCACUGCAGCAAGCCAGCUCCUGCUCUGAGCAGCACACUGAAUAUUUAGCUGUGUAGAAAUGAUAUAUCUGCUUGCUCGAAGAAAGCAAAUAACCUAGACUGGAGGUUCCUAAUCGAUAGUCUACUGUGAGUCCAAGAGUACUGCUACUGCUGAUGUUAAAUACACGACGUUAUAACACAGCUAUUUGUAUACUUUAAUAUUUGACUGUGUGCACGUUCCGCAAGUUACAAACAGUUCUUUCAUAGUUUGUCAUAUCUAUUCAGGGGCAGUUAUCUUGUAAUCAUAUUUUACGAUGACUGACGCCUGUAUGCAAGUAUCAGCCCCUGUAUUGAAUAAGAUUUGCAGCCGAAAUGUUUGCCUGAAUUUGUUACCGAGCUUGGCAUUGGCUAAAUAGUUGGACAUUGCUGGAGAGCACUGACUUUAAUUGAACUUGUUAACGCUGUUUCUGAUAUCGAUGGUUACAAUGCAUAAAUAAGUAACGCGAAGUACCACAAAUA